UGCUGGCUGGGGAGACACACGCUUUCUGCUUUUCUGCCUGGCUGCUGGCUCUGCUCCAGCAUCCCUCCGUGCCUCUCGUGUGCUCUCCUCCCCCCCUCCAGCCUAUGUCUCCCCCUGUGGGGUUUGUCAGCCAGCCUGCUUCCCUGGCUGCUGCUGCCGCUGCUGCUGCUGCUGCUGCUGGAGCAGUGGAGCUGUCUGACACAACACUGCUACGCCGCUACCGCUCUGCCUCGCUUCUCCUCUCUGCCUUUCGCCACACACUCUCCUUUGCUGGAUAAUCACCACUGAGUCUGCAAGAGACAGCGACAGAGGACGGGGAAGGGAGGGAGAGAGAGAGACAAGAGAGCCCGCACUCUUCAUUUCAACUGCUGCAUUCUUCAGUUUUGUCUUUUCCUCUUGCUUUUUUCUGGCCUGCUGGAGUGCAGCGCAGGGAACAACUGGUUGGGAGAGAACUCCCUGAAGGAAUUUCUCCUCCUCUCUUUGCGCUUCCUCCCUCUGUUCAUUCCUGGGACAGAGUGCGGAGGAGGAGAGAAGAGGGAGGGACUGAGAGCAGGACUUCAGUUGCACAGCUCAGUGUCCCACCUUGCUCCAGAGACACAUAAGACAAACACACAGACACAAAUAUAUUUGCAUAGAUUGGACACAGCUCAGGCUGACCAGACUGGCAGACGGGGACAGACUGAUAAGGACACACAUUCUGUACAUACACAUAGACAGACAGACAGACAGGUGGUGUCAUGGCGUCAGUGGACAGCACCGGUUCGAGUGUCUCUAGUCGGCUGAGAUCAGGGGAUCUACUUCAUGCUGGUCUGGCAGUUGCACUGCUGCUCGGUGCUUGGAGUGUUGGUGGACUGGAGGUCUCAACAGGUAAAGUGUCUUCAAUUGAAGCAAUGAAUGGCUCCACAGUCCUGCUGCCCUGCACCUACUCCUCCUGUAUUGGCAUCAAAAACCUCUACUUCAACUGGCACUAUAAUGACAAUGGAACCAUGAUCAAGUUAUGUGAAGCAGUGAUUCCUAUUGAGGGUGUGGAGCCCAGGGUCACUGUGUACCAUGAGCGUGUGGAGUUUGUCGGGUCCUCAAAGAGCAACAACAUCUCCAUCCUGCUUUGGAACAUCACCUUCGAAGAUGAGGGAGAUUACAUCUGUUUUGCCAAGAACCCAAAAGAGAAGAAUCGCAACCACAGUGCUGUCUUUACUCUUAGAGUGGUGGACCAAAUGAAGGAGGUUGACAAUACUUUGACAGUCAUCAUUGUGUCAGUGCUGGGUGGAGUCAUUGGCUUAGUCAUCAUUAUCAUGGUGAUAAAGGCCUUGGUUGUUCACUUCCUAUUGAAGGAUGAUGAGAAGAACAAAGAGUGCCUGGUGAGCUCCUCAGGGAAUGACAACACAGAAAAUGGACUUUCAGGAGCCAAAGCAGACAACAAAGGGACACCAAAGGCAUGAGCAAAAUGCAAAGUAUGUCUGUGUGUUUGUAUAUAUGUUAGACAAAUGUACACGCUCAGAGAAAAUGCUGUUAUCAGUGGACUGUUUUAUCUUACUAGCGGCUAACUAAUACAACAUGUAAAUGUCUAUUUUAAAAUCAUGCUUGAGAUUUGGGGAAGUGUGAUAUGUGCAUAUGCCUGGAUCACUCUCUCACCUACAUGACAGCCCAUUUGUUACACAGUGUGCAGCCUCUGUUAUUGAAUUCUGCCCCGCAUCUUUACUGAAACCUAACACUUUCUCUACAGUAGAGCCUUAACUGCACUGUCUGUCUCCGAUUAUGUGGUUUCCAUACGCUCUUUACAUCACCUCAGAGGAAUAACUUUGCACAAAGCAGAUCCUCAGUUGUCCUAGGUUCCUUUCUUUGUAGACCAAAUUCCAAUAAUCGACUGCCACCCCAGGAUACAGUUUACCCGUCUCAGUUGACAAGCUACCAGUAUGUUUGAUUCUUUCAUCCACAACUCUCAGUCAAACUUGGACCCAAACAAACCUUACCAGUGGGAACAAACACACUUUGAUGCCAUGAUGAAUCGCCACAAUCUCUGAACUGCCAUGAUGUCAACGGAAGAACAGCACAGAAUACACAAAUCCACAUGUAAACCUGAAGCAGAGGACCAUUCAACCAGGGUUUGCCCACAAUGUAAGCCAACAUUUUUCAAAUCUAAUUAAAACCAGUAAAUAUACUUUUUUAACACUGCCUGUAAAAUGGCAUUUUAACAUUUAAGAAACAGGUCCCAAUACUGUAGCACUGAUUGAACAUGUUUCACUUGUUUUACAGUUCAAACCAUAUGUUGGAUUGCUAGAGAAGAUCUUUGAAACUAUUUCUUUCCUGAUCUUACCGUAACUACUGCCAGCGCCAGCCUGAACUUCAGCCUGCAUGUUUACAGCCGGGUCCAGGUUUGACACGCUGUUGGGGUGUUUGGUUCAUCAAUGCCGAUAGUAGAUUUUGAUCAGCUACUGGCUAGCUAAGGCUGACAACUGGGCUUUCUUAGGUGACUGAAGGAUCCCGUUCUGCACAGGUUUUAUUGUUUUGCUUUAGAUGAAACACAGGUGCCUGUUCUGCUUCUGCUCCCCCUGCUGGUGGGAGGAUAAAAACACAAAAAAUGUAUUAAAAAAACAACAAAAAAAAUCAAAAAAACAACCCUAACCCUCAUCAAAGACAAUCCCCAGACUACCCAGCUCCCUGUAGAAAGGAAUGAAAUUAACCAUGCUGCUUCAGACUAAUAACCAAUGCAUUUUUAGCAUGUGCGCAUUUUAUAUAACUUCAUAUAAGUAUAUGUCUUCUAGCACCACAGUACAGGAACAUUUCUGGGUGUCUCUGAAUGGUCCCAUUUAACCCUUCACAUCGACCUCAACUGACUGAAGCUCUGUCAGUGCUUGAUAAGCACCUCCCAACACUGCUACGACCUUUCUUACCCCUUUAACCCGGUCAGGGUGAUCGAAAGGUGACUCCUCUGUUAGACUAAAGGCCUGCAGGUAUUGGUGGGAAAGGAAGGGUGACAGAUAUUUUAUAUUCACUCAAAAGUAAGAACAGUUUAAUAUCGCUAAAUCUGAAUCAUAUGAUUGGACAACUCAGCUAGAGAAGUUUAAGAUGUUGGCAUUUUGCUCAGUGGCAUAUCAGCAAGAUAUACUGUAAGUGGGGGGAGCAACAUAAAGCAAUUCUCCAGAUACCAACUCACCUCAGCAUUUCUUAUAAACAGACUCUAACUGGCUAACUUCCAAUACAAAGUUGCUCCGAUAACUAUGAGAAAAUACUUUAACACAUUCAUGUAUUUGUGCUAAAAUCACCCAAAAAAUGAUACUGCCUCAGUAAUGCAGGCAGCACAGCAUUGGGACAGUUCACUGCUAAAGAAUGUAAAGACUGUUCGAGAAUAGAUGUUACAUUUUGUCAGAAAUAGUAUAUUUUAAAUCAUUCAAAAAAUGAUAUUCAAUAAUGAUAUUAUCAAAUGAAUGUGUCAGUACUCCAAUAGGCCAGUGGUUCGUUUUCUUUGCCAACUGUCUACAACCUGCCAAUACUUUCAGUGUUUUGCUUACUUUAAAGUUCAGAUUAGCCGACAACAUCUUGCUGGAAGAAUUCUGGGCAUUGAAGAUUAUGUGAAGUUUGUGUUGGGUUUCUAAAUCGUAAUGGUGUUUUAGCACUAACAAGUUUGUUGGUGAGUACAGAUAAACAAGUGAUCAAGAGUUUGAAGGGAGCUGUAAGCUGUUAAGAGUUUAACAAAAUGAAAAUAUAUAUAAAUAUAAUGUCAUAUAUGAAUUUAAAUGGUAAAACAUGCUCAAAUUUUAAAUAGCUUGUAACAUUUAAGAAGUCAUCGCAUUUUGUUUAAGUGAAGAAAAGUAGGAGAAGUCAACAAAGCCUUCAUUGUAUCACGUCUACUUCCUCUCGUGAUAAGCCAACGUGCAUGGAUUUAGUGCUAAGAUGCCGACUAGAAACUGGAACCCGCUCUCUAUUUGACUCUCAGUACAAGAGGUCACUUCUGUGGAGCUGGCAGACACCCUCACGCAUAACUUGAAUAGCUAUGACAGCUGAAAGUUACACACAAACAUAUGCACACACAUACACGCCUAUACAUGCACUCACAUACUAAGAGCCGCUUUGAUACCAGAGCGUAGUCCACUGGUCUCGCAUACAAACAAUACAGCACUUUACCACAGUUCGGAGUGGGUGCACAAAACAAUAGAUCAUGGAAGAGAUUUCAUAGUUAUUGUUCUUUUAUAAUAUGUUCGAGACUAUAUAGAGUGUUAACAAAUCCAACAUUUUCACAUUGUGUUUACCUGACAAAGGCAUUGUGUCCAAAUGGUUUUAGCAUUGUCUGACUACAUGUUGUCUCUUUGGAACAGAGCUCUGUGGCAAGAUUUUAUUUUAUUUUUCUAAUUUUUCACCUCCGUCAGCCGGCUGCCCUCUAAAACUGGAGUGCAUUUCCCUUCUUGCUUUCAAUGGAAGCAAUAAGACAGACAUCAGAUUAUGCAAUAACCUGUUAUAAGGCACUUUAUGGAUGUGUCUGGACUGGCUGUGAUGGCAACUCUGUCUGCCCAAGGCACUGUUCACUGUACCAAUGUAUGUAUCUACACUGUACUAAUGUAUUUCAGUUGGACUAAUGUAUCAACAUUAGAUUCAUAUAUCUACAUUAGACAGAUUUAUCUGCUUUGGAGAACUGUAAGAGCUGCUAGCACUGUGACUGUGCAGUGUUAGAAGUGAUACAGCAUCCUCGUUGUGUUGUAAAACUGUGAAUGUUACGGAUAUAAGGAAGCACCACACACACAUACGCACAUGGAUACACACUUGCUUCCUUGUCUGACAAGUCGUGUGCAGACCCCUCCGUGAAGAGGGCACAUAUGUACAUCCAAAGUCUUCCUGUAGGGAAAAGCAAUAUUGUGGAACUGAUCUGUCUUUUACUGUACUUUUCUUAAUCCAUACCUUUAACCCUAACAUAGCGUAACAAACAGGUGGUUUCAUGUAGGGAUUGUGAUGCAUGACUUGUGUAUUUGUGGAUACAGUUCCCAUUGUUUGGUCCCCAUUUUUUUCCUGUGAUCCCUAACUUGAUUUUUAUGUUUUCUGGAGUGAAGCUCAUGAACAGUUUCAGGGGAUUCUUUCUUAUCUGUGACUUUCUCUGCCAGUAUGAAUUUAAUUUCCAGAAGUAAAACCUCUAAUUAGGGCUGGGUAUCAUUUAAAAAAUGACAAUACUAGCACCAAUACCAGUACCCUUAAAGUGAUACAGAUACCAGUAGAGUACUUCAUUAUAUACCUUUGUUUUUCGACUUCAUGUUACCCUCAUCAUGUAAAUGGAGGCAUUCAGUUGCAUAAAAUGCCACCAGACGCCAGUAUAGCCAUACCUUUGAACGUUUUGGUGGCAUCUCGGCACACUGAACUGCCAACUCUGUUUAAUAUACCACGCUCAAAUUCGUCACACUACAGACUAUAUGGGUUGCAGCUGCUGCAGUGUAAGCCAAUCAGAUGGCAUGUCAAAUUGAAGAACGCUUGCAUUGAUUGGCUUUGAGCAAAACCAUUCAAAUCUUGGUUCAACAAGGAUCCAAUUCAGGUAUUAUUUGAUCGGGGGAGUUUUGAUACCACUUGGUACUGGGUUAUUUUGGUCAAAGGUAUCGAGUACCAAUACCCAGCCCUAUGACUGACGGAGUGGAUAAACCUCCACAUCAAAAUAUGCCCAGCAAGCCACACACAGGUACAAAUGGAUUGUGUAAGAUGAUGUUCUCUUUCAAUGAAGGCCAGGUAUAUGUGUGACACAUGAAACAAUGUUAUCUGAUUUAAUGCAUAUGAGUUUGUCGUGGAGCCACCAAAAGCACUGAUUUUUGUUUUCUCACCCAAACCCCCCCUUGUGCACUCUGACCUGCCUUGUCUUUCUCUGAGAAGUAUCUGUCCUGAGUCUUGAGGUCAGCCAACUGCUUGUGGUGAUUGCUGCAGUACUGAGUCUGCCCUGUACAGUGUGGGAUGCUUCUCUGCAGUGGUGCAAUACAGCACAGUGAUCACAGUAUGACUGCCACCCAGUGGUGAACGCUCAACACAUCAAAUAACCUUCCCUCUAGUGGAAACUGAUGAGACAUACAAUUUCAACAUGCACUUAUUGCAUUUCGAUUUGGAUCGAAAUGGCCGCAUAAUGAAAAAAACAAACAAAAAACUGUGUUGACUAAAGUUAAGAAUAUGUGAUAAAAUCAUUGCUACAAUUUUCAUAGUUAAACAUAAACGCCGCAUAAAUAAUGCUUAAAUUGUUGCCAAUUGCUUUAGAUAAUGCUACUAGUUAGAUUGUUUACUGGUAUACAUAAUUUUAAUCCCUGUGUCCAUCGGGCAUUUUAUCUACAUCAAGAAAGGGGUCAUGUGUAUGUAUAAGUUUACACAAAAUCUAUUAGGAUAAGGAUACAUGCAGCAGUUUGUACAAUUAUGAAUCCUUAAAUCCCUCCCAUAGUGAGCAUUAAAUAGUUGCAGAUAGCCGCAGUGUUACUGUCACGUUAUUCACUAAAAUAACAAAGAGAUUUGACCACUAUGACUCCUUUGAGUUAGUAUUGCUCUUACUGCCAGAGCGGCUGAAACUCAUACUGCCAAUCCAAGAGUCUCACGUCUGCUGUUGUUACUACACUAUUCCAACGACACACAACUCACGUAGUACACUUACACCAAUAGAACAUGUUGUAUUACCGUCUACCACUGUAUUAAUGGCAUUUCAGAACUAAAUUGUAGAUGAUAUUGCUCUGUACUACUUCUGUAUUUCUAGCAGCUGAAACUCACACUGCCAAGCCAAGAGUCUGACGUCUGCUCUCUGCUUCCCACAUUCCACACAGAUCAAAAGAUCAACCCACUGAUCUAGUGUCGGUGUAGUUCAGCAGAAAAAUUACAAUCCUGAUGAAUGAAUCAAGAGUAAAUAGGAUCAAGAUGUUAUUAUUUUGGCACAAUUUUGAGAUAGUGAACUUAUUGUUAGCGAUGCCAAAUUAUGAUGCCUAUUGUGACCUAUCGUGUGUCAAUAUCAUAUCACACGCAUAGCAAACUGCCUCCUAUAACUCUUGAUAGAGAUUAUCUUACAGACCAAGGCUUGCUAGCUAGAGAUUUGAAUAAUAAGCACAGGCUGACACUGACCGCUCCACGUUUUCCCUCCUGCAUUUUAAACAACAAUAUUUUGUACACAUCUAUAGCAGCUUUAAAUGUAAUUCUAUCUUAAUCGAAAUAACAAAUUCAUAACUGCACAUUUUAUCUUAAGCUAUCUAAAGCCACUGACGUGAUACAAAUUAUAGUAUUUUGUAGCAAGUCAGCAUCUUGCACCAAACUCCUAUAUUUUGCUCACAUCAGCACAGUCUACUCAACACAUACACACAACAAAUCAGCAACGCCAGGUUUCCUGGAUCAACUUUCUUCUGAAUGUUCAGCUGUUCGUCUGUGUUUGUGACCAUAUUGCUCAUGCUCCCUUCAUGACUAUGCACCUCAAACUUUUGACUUGUUAAAAAAUACAUACCAGAAAUAAAAUGUUUGAAAUUCCCACAG